AUGAAGGUCAAAUUGAAAAAGAAAAGUGCGAAAAAUGAGGAAGAAAACGAGGAAAUGUAUGUCAGAUUAGGAGAUGUACCUCUGGACAUAUUACGGUAUAAUAUAUCGAUGCAAUCAGGAAUAGAACGAAAGGAAACUCGCAAAUCCCUACUUCUCAAAAUGGGCGCUAAGAAACCGAAAAACCCAUACAUUAAUUACAAAGAACUCAUGCAGAAUAAGGCAAAGGCUAAGGCCGAGGCUGAAGCGUUUGCUUUCGAUCGCAGUGCUAGUUUCGUCAACAAAAAGCUCCCUUUAAAGCAGGCAAAAAAGAAACGGAAAAACCAACAGAAAGACAGACCAAGAAAAAAAAGCUUUAUUCAACAUUAUAUUUUUGGUACAACAUAGAAUUCUCAGCAUAAACUAUUUCAACAAGUUUCCUUUUCUUAUAUCUUGAUCGAUUGUGACGAUAAAUUUGGAAUGAUGACCAGUUACAUGUUAGGAGUUCGGUAAUCCACAUUUGAUUAAUAUUCAUUCGUUUAAAUGCAUAUUGCCAGCCACCAUGAUGUCGCUGAUUGUACCUUUUUGUAUCCCUUAUAGUGAAAGGUUGUAAACUUUUCAUAAACGCGCCUGAAUAGAUUGUGUGCACAAUAGGCAUAAUGAUGUGCUAAAACAAACAAUAAAACAGAUAACUUGAUGAAAUAUGUAGAUCGGAGGAACAGGUAGCCCAGAUAUUCAAGCAGGCCGCCUUUGGACCUAAAAAAAGACGAUAGCUGUUUUUUAUGGAUCCUAUAAUGUUUUAUUCAUUAAAAUACAACUCCAGCACAACCUAUCACAGUAUCUGAAUCAAGUCAUCUAGAUCGGAUUACGCUGUAAUCUAUUAAUCGAAACAAAGAUUUUCAGUUAAGGUCUUUGAAAAAUAAACAUUGAUUAAUAUCAAAUAAGAUUCUUUACAAUAAUAUUCAAUUACUUUAGCAUAAAUUUUACACAAAAUUAUAAAAUAGAAAAUUGUUAGCGGGACAUAGACUGGAUUAAAGCAUGCUCGAUGCAUGAUUGCUUUGGUG